AUGUAUGAUACGAAAUUUGCUGAAAAAUAUUCCCUUUAUUUUUGCAUUCAUUUUGCAGGUCGAUGGAAAACCCCAGGUCGAUGGAAAACGCCAGGUGUUCCGCCAUCUAAAAAGGCCACAAAUCGUGGCCCGUUUCCAGGCUCAGAUCAGAAUGACUUAACAUUUGUGGCCGAACAAGUCAGCCAUCAUCCUCCUGUAUCAGCAUUUUAUGCCGAACAUCCAAGCAAACGGAUCUCAUUCACUGCCCAUAUCUGGACGAAAUCCUCAUUCUUAGGCCUCUCUAUCGGUGUAACAAACAUUGGCUGGGGCACAGUAAAAUUGCACAGUUUUGAUGAAGAAUAUGUCCUGACGUUCCCGAAUGGCUAUGGUCGUUCCAUUAUGAGUACACCUUGGAUUGAACUUGGUGGAAAAGUGACUGUAAACUGCAUCAAAACGGGUUAUUCAGCUGAAAUUGAUUUCUUGACAAAGCCCUUUUUUGGUGGAAAACCACAUCGAAUCAGCGGAAAUAUUUAUCGUUCCGGAUUCAAAAAGCCCAUUCUUACAAUAAAGGGAGAAUGGAAUGGCGUAAUGACUGCAAAACCGCUCAAUGGCGAGGAAUACAUAUUUGUUGAUGUUAAAAGAUAUCCCGAAGUGAAAAAGUUAAGCUUGCAGGAAUGUGAACCGGUCGCGAAGCAGGGUGAGAGAGAAUCACGCCGGUUGUGGAGGCACGUUACAGUUGCAUUGAAGAGAAACAACAUACAGGUUGCAACGAGCGCGAAGCGGUGGAUUGAACAAAGGCAGCGGGAUGAAGCAAAAAAGCGACAGGAAGAAGGAGUCGUUUAUCAUCCGCUUCUGUUUGUACGGGACGGCGAAGGCUGGAAAUACAAAGAUGAAUUACGAUGA